AUGGUGCUCUUCUUCUCAUGCUCGGUUGGUCUCUUCUAUUAUUUUACAUCCAUGCACCAGCGCUACUUAACACGAUAUCUGUUGCAGCCACCAUUAAUGAGACUAUCGCUAUUGUUGCUUCUAACCGUUGCCAGUGCUUUAGUAGUUGAUCCCAGUGCAAAGUACAUCUGUUCAGAGGAGGACUCCACAGAUUGCUAUCCUCAAAUAUUUGUUCCUACAGAAGAGUGGAAAACCAUCAAACCAGGCCAAGAAAUUCCACCCGGUUUACACGUUCGUAUGAAUAUGGAUUCGCUUCAAAAAGAGGCCAAGCUUAUGAGUGAGGAUGAGAGGGAGAGUGAAGAAACACCAAAAGAAAUUGGUUUUAAUGGAGGAGAAAGUGAGCACUUUGAAGGGCAUAAGGUUGAGAAUCAGGUACCGGCUGUUUAUGAAACGUCUGAUGUAUCGACGUUUAAUGGCGCUGUGAACGCUGUUUUGAGGUUUGGAGACAGAAUUACCUCCAGUUCUUCUGGAAAAUUGAAUGAGAAGGAUAUCAAUGAUGCUGCUGAGACACUCGUAGAUUUGAGUCAUGAUCUCGAACACGGUGUUCGGCUCACACAGGACCCAAAAAUCUUUAUCAGUAUCCUUGACAUUGCUGAUAGUGGUUGGUUUGGAUCUCAAGGAGAAACUUUUGCGGAUCAUGGGGUCGUCGUUGCGCAACAAUCCAGAGGCCAUUGGUAA